CUGAACCGGAUGGUGGGAAAGUGAGAGGGGAGCAGGAGAAAGAGAGCGCGCACGAGAGCGUGGUCACCGCCGCUGCGCGCACACAAAAACACGCACCCUCACACUCUUGCGGCUGUUGUGUGUCUGCCUGCUCUUUUGUGCCAGCAGUUGGGAUUGUUCUUGGCCCUGUCUGACCCUCCACUCACCCCCUGAGUGUGCAUGAGUUUGUUGUGAGAGAGGGCGAGGGAUAUUGGAACGUGGAGUGCGGGGAGGGGAGGGUCACGGUUCGGGUAUCCGGACGGGUCCUGGGGCAGCUUAGGAAGAGGAGGUGGGAGAGCACCUGCCCCCCAAAAAACAGCUGCUCAGAGCUGGACAUGCACAUCAGCUCUUCUGCUGGGGGUCUCGGACCGACAUAGCCUUCGGCCAAUCACAGCCUGAGUUAGAGGUGGCGGCCCAUUCGGGGCGUGAUGGCGGCCAUGCCGUUCGUCAGUGAGGGGAAGUGUGUGAGUGUGGAGUGGGACUUCCUACAGGGACUCCUCGCCAAACCACCAACCUUACCCUGCUUGCAAAACUUGAGGAAGGAGAAGUCACGCAAUGCAGCUCGUUCUCGGCGGGGUAAAGAGAACUUUGAGUUCUUUGAGCUGGCGAAGAUGUUGCCCCUACCUGGAGCAAUCACCAGCCAGCUGGAUAAAGCCUCCAUCAUCCGCCUCACCAUUAGUUACCUGCACAUGAGACACUUUGCCAGUCAGGGAGACCCACCCUGGAGCCCCCUACUGGAAGGAGAGAACAACUGCCACAAGGUGAGAAGAACAAGUCAUUCAUUGACCACAGACAUAUUUGAGCAGCACCUGGGAGCUCAUCUACUACAGUCUCUGGAUGGAUUUGUGUUCGUCGUCAGUAAAGAAGGCAGAUUCCUUUAUAUCUCAGAGACUGUCUCGAUCUACCUUGGCCUUUCACAGGUUGAGUUAACUGGCAGCAGCGUGUUUGAUUACAUUCACCCCGCGGACCAUGUCGAGAUGGCAGAGCGUCUUGGCAUUAAGCCACACCUCUGGGCGGAGGCAGGCUGUCAAAUGUCCCAUGAGAGCGUUUCAAGCUCCGCCUCCACAUCUUCAUUGGCAGGCACACCAGAACCAGCCCCAUCCAGUCCUUGUUCUCCUGUUAUUGAGCUGACAGAACGUGGCUUCUUCAUCCGGAUGAAAUCCACCCUUACCAAGCGUGGUCUCCACAUUAAAUCUUCGGGUUAUAAAGUGAUUCAUGUGACAGGUCGCAUUCGCUGUCGACCUGCCCUGGUGCCAGGCUCCUCCCGUUCGUUGCAUAGGCCAAUGGGGUUGGUCGCUCUGGCUCACACGCUUCCCCCCUCAACGCUAAAUGAGGUGCGCAUGGAAAGUCAGAUGUUUGUGUUCCGAGUUAACAUGGACUUACAGGUCACCUACAGUGAGAACAGGAUUUCGGAGUAUAUGGACUUCAGUCCAGCAGAGGUGGUUGGACACACCUGCUAUCACUUCAUCCAUGUGGAAGACCUGGACACCAUCAAGCAGAGUCAUGAAGACUUGCUGCGGAAAGGACAGGUUGUGACGGGGUAUUAUCGCUGGUUGCAGAAGAGAGGAGGGUAUCUAUGGAUUCAGUCUUGUGCUACUGUGUCCAUUAACCACAAAGCGCCUCAUGAGCGCAAUGUCAUCUGGGUCAACUAUGUGCUCAGUCGACCAGAGAUGGCAGACAUGCCUCUGGACUUAUUACAACUCCCAGAAAGCCUGAGGGCAGAGCGACUUCAAGCUAGUUCCUCCCCAAGCAACACUUCCCCAAAGGCACAAGGUUCAAUGGUCACGCAGCCACUGAAAGGCAGUGAAGUCAGGACCGAGUCAGACAGCAAACAGAAGGAAACCUACUUGCACUCUGCUUCCAGCAAAUCAGUAGACACCAGGAAGAGAUCCCACACUUCUGACACUGAAAGGGGUCGUCCAGCGCCGAGAAGGCGGUUGGAGGUGUUCCAGCAGAGAGAGGACAGCCCAUCUACCUCCUCAGACCAAGUCAGUGACAGCGAUGUUGAAGAAGAGAAUGAGUGGGACCAUACACCCAGCAACAAACGGGUAAAGAAUGAGGUUGGGGCAUUGAAACAAGGCAAUGGUGCCAAUGGAGCAGGGAAGAUCCAUAAUGGCCGAGCUGUGAUUCAGCAUCUAAAGAGCGUAGUGACCAGUUCUAGCUCGAAUAUCAAGACGGAACAGGAGGUGAUGGGGACAAGUGUAGGUUCAGGGUCUGGAGGACACUGGAGCCAACCUCCUUCCAGCACACAUGUAUCCAGUGGCAGAACCAAUGGCAGCAGUCCACCUUCCCAGCCUCCAAAUUCAGUCUCCAAGUGUCUGUUCAACCCACCAUCUCCAACCCUGUCUCCACCCAUCUCGGCCUCUCCCCUGCAAAGAGAUGAUUGGUCCUUUCACGGAGGGCGUACUCCGGAGUUUGAGCUACUCCAGAGACUCACUACGAGUGGGGCGGCGGGACGUGUGCUCUUUCACCCUCUGGCUCUUGGCCCGCAGGGCCCUCAGAGUCUGUACGCCCCAAGUACCAUUCGCUAUGCCCCACCUGAAAUGCCUACAGUACAUGCUGAAGGACACCGCCUAGACCACACAGCCAAAACUCCAGCUUUCUUUCCCCACCUCCAGAGGAUCGCGUCUCUACCUCCCUUCAGUGGCUUCUCCCCAGCAGAACCGCCCUUUACCCCAAGUCUGCCCUUCUGUAUGAACGGACUGAGGGGGGCAGCUGGGACAGAUGAGGAUUGAAAGAGAGAAACAAAGAGAGAGAGAGAGAAAGAUAGAGAGAAAGAGAUAGAGAAGAUAACAGAAAGGAGAGGCAGUGGAAAGAUGGUAAGGAAUAGUUUGUCAAACUGUGUUCCCAGUUUCUUCUCUGUUAAUUUGUUAGUCUGUCUUCCUCUCUCUGGACAAGCAGUUAAAGCCAUACUGAAUAUAUGAAGGACCUCAUGCAAAGGGGUCAUCGAUGGGGUCAAAAGGUCUGAGCAGUUGGAAAUAUACAGGAGUGUCAUCGUGUUCAGGGGAGAACCAAGGACAUUAUCCUGUACUGUAAAAAUUAAAAAAUACUCAAGCACCCUUUAAAGGAGCGCCAAAUAUCAUAUUUAUGUACUCUAGGGUCUUUAAGAUAUUUUUCAAAAACAUCAAUCCUUUCCCUUAUGAUGGGGUUACUGAAGGAACCAUUGACAGUCCUUAAGGAUUAUUUAGGGUUCUUGCAGGAACUAAGAGCAAGUUUCUCAAAGAAUUCAAAGGGUAUCUGGCGGCUCUCCAAAGGGUUCCAGCGGUUUGGCAUCUGAGGAACCCCAAAUGGUGCCUUGAAUAUCUUUUAUUUUUUACAUCCUGGGCCCACCUAUAAAAGUGGCCCUGGGAAUAUGCAAAUAGGGACAAAAGCAGCAUGGCAGGCAAUUGCCAAAAAAGACAUUCCUAUGAAAAGAUGCAGAAGAAAGCACAGUCCACAGAGGGAUCAUACUAAUAAUGUGAGUUUAGACAUUUUGAACACUGUAGAAUUUUCAUUUUUGUAAAAAAAAAAAAAGAAAAAAAAUGGAAAGGAAAAAAGAUAACUGUCUUUAAACAUUUGAAAAGUAAUCACUUGAAAAGUAAGUCAUUCAAAGACCACAGCUAUAUAUAGCCAAUGCUGAAUUGGGAUACUUCAUAUGUGCAAAGGCUCCAAAAACCUAUGACCUACAUAGUCUAUCAUGGACUAACUGUUCUAUCAAGUACAUUUGGGUAUGGUGGUGGUGGGUGGGGUUGGAUAAGUGUGUCAUUUUGUCAUGUAUCAUGCCCAAGCACUUAUGUAAAUCAUUGCAUACACAUAGCACUUCAUCCAUGACCAUGCACUCUAGUUCUCCUACUGUAUAAAACCACAAGAAUUGAGUUUACAGCAAUUGGUUAAUUAUUUCUAAAACACGAUUCUGGCCAUGUGUGGGAACCCUGUCCGUAAUAUAAAGGUGCAAUCUUUAAAAUAAAAUCCCUAGUAUGUAAAACUAAGGCACAGGAACUCUGUUGCAAAACAGAAACAAGAAUUUUAAAGCCUCACAGGUCUGUUGCAAACAGUAGGCAACCAAUUUAUGCUGCCUUCUAGCAGCAUUGUAUGUAUCUUUCAUGGAGAAGGCAUUUCCAGGAUUUCGAUAAACUCAUCUAAGAUGAAGGACAUCAUCAAAGAGUCAAAAGAAAUUUUGAGUAUGAAUACAUUUCAUUCAGUAUAAAUAAAAACAUACUUACAUCUAAUUGUAAUUGACUUUUUCACCCGAUAUUUGUGUGUGCUGUGUAAUUUUUGUGCUGAUUAGAGUAUCGUCUUGUUAGCUUAGCAACAUGCUUACAUCCAAGCUAGGCAGCUCACUCAGGUUUUGGAACAAAGUCAGGUUCUAAGACACGGUCUACUUUCAACAUCCCUUAAAGAUACUUUUUUAUUACUUUUUUGUUGUUGGAUUUUUUUUUGUUUCUGAAACCUUAAAGUAAAAUAGGCCUAUAAAGUUGUACGUGCAAAAGUCUUUCUUUAAAGUCUUAUUCUUUAAGAAUAAGUGGCUAAAGAUCCAGAAGUGGCUUCCUCAGACAAAAAUACAUUUUAAAAGACAAGAUUUAGGUUUGAACCUCCUUUACAAAAAAAUCUAGAGAUUUGACAAACUAGCCACAAAUUUGCCACUCAUUAUUUUCAAGUGCAUUUGAGCUUGUGAUUCGCCGCAAAUGUUUGCUAGCAGUUUGCAGAUCUUCGGUAGUGGUGUACCUGCAGCAAACCUUUGGCAGCAAUGCACAAUUUGCUGCAAGUUUGCUGCAAAGCUCGUUUGCAUGUGAAAAUUAUCAGUGGCAAUUUGCCAUGAACUCUCAAUCUUAAGGGAUGUCAGUGGUCACUAAAAGACUGCAGUGCUAAGGAAUAGUUCACCUAAAUAUGAAAAUUCAGUCAACAGCAAAAGCAGUCAUUAACAAAAUACUGAGGUUGCUUGUUUUAAUUUUUUUCCAUUGUUUACUAGCUCCAAAAUUUGUAUCAAGUUCUGGUAACUGAUGAAUGGGAUUUGAUAAAUAGUAAUUGCACCAAUGAUCAGGAGGAGUCUUUGGUUGUUUUUGUUUAUGCACGUUUCUCUGCCCAUGCAGUAUUAUCAGAUGUAAGCAGUUUUAAGUAGCACUAAAUUAUAUAAGAUGGUCUUUAUUUGUAUUUGUGAUUGAGGAUGAAUGUGUAAAUAGUUAUGAGAGAGAGUCAGUCCUGAAACAUCAGCACAUGAGUUGGUGUUACCUAAACCUUUGCCAUCACUGUGACUCUAACUUCUUUACGAUGUUUGUGAAAAUACAGCGCCAUGAGCAUUAAAUGAAAACGUUACACUGUAAAGAUUAUUAUGAUA